AUUGACCGCAGUACUGGAGAGUUAAGGGAUCAUAAAUUCUAUAAAUUUGGUCGUUAUGAACUUAGAUAGGCGUUCACAAACAGAUGCCGACAAUUUCCUGAGAAACCCUAGUAAAUAACGAGUGGCGAUUAAAACCACAGCUCAGCCCAAGUUUCUGCAUUGACAGCAUGGCGAUUGAAGUCCGCUGUGAUUCCAUAAAGUUACAGUAACUCAUUGACGCACAGUUUGCAACGGUUAUAAAUUCGAAUUACCAAUGAAUGCGAUUAUUUGAUAUUAUACUUUUGUUAUUUUGUGGCUACAUAACUAAGAUACGAUAUUCUGGCGUAAUCUGAUGCAGCAGUUAGGAAGUACUUUUUAUGAUCAAUCUAACAUAAACGUAAUGGACACUUCACAGUCACAACCGUUUGGGGCAAAAACUUGUAACCUACCAUCUCCCUACCAGUCAAGAAACGCUAGCAGUUUCAUGCAAGUUGCCGCCGGUUGUGAAAGAAGCGGACCUUACCAUGCCUCGUUUCCAUACCCGAGGACCGACUGUCGUUUCAUGCAAUCGUCGAGUGAUGAGCAUCCGAAAGCGUUCCGUCCUAGCUCUUUACCUUUUAACGCUAGCCUAGAGAUGACAAGCUCUAGCCACGAGCGUCCGAGCCCCAUGGAUAUCGGAACACCGUUCAGGUACCCGGGGAGUAUGAACGGUGCAUCUGCGAUGUACAAUGGGGGUACGUCACAAGGACAGCAUCAUGUACCGUACCUUAACUACUCACCGUGUGCAACCUCUGCAAGCUAUUUUAACAUGACAGACGGUGGUCCACCGGGAUGGAUGUUCACAUUCGCCACAUUUCCACGUCGGACUAAAAGAAGACCGUACUCAAAAGUUCAAAUAUUCGAAUUGGAGAAAGAAUUUCAAUUGCAUCAAUACUUAACACGUGAUCGACGCGCUCGACUGUCCCAGUCCCUGACUCUUACCGAAAGACAAGUUAAGAUUUGGUUUCAAAACCGCCGGAUGAAGCAGAAAAAAUUGAACGAAAAGGAAAAGAAAGAAAAGGGGUCGUCUCUAACAUCAUAACUUAUUUAGCGUUUAAAAAUAUAGGUUUGCUAAAUAAAACAUUUCUGUGAAAAUAUCUUGAUGAUAGAAAAUGAAAUCAAGCCGAACUUUUAAACAGCAAGAAUGUUGAACGGGUUUAAAAUAUUAACUAAUCAAUAAUGCCCAAUUUACGUAUUUAAUGUACAAUGUUAACUUGUGGACACUGAAAAAAAAAAAACACACACAGAGCUCGAAAAUAUCUAGUACAUGCGGUAUUAUUAUUCGUCAGGGUAUUAUGGAUAUUGGAAGCCUGAUAUUCAGUUGCCUAAAUGUACGUUUAGAAUGAAAGUUCAGAAAAAAAUACACUAUAUACUGUCUGUAUUAAGCUUAUCAAUUGAACAAUAAAAUUAAGCAUUUGAAUUUCUUACUUAUAUUUAAGUAAGUUACUAGCCUUCAAUUCAAAUUUAUAACGAUAUAAUUAUAUCCUUUAUAUUUAUUCUUUGGCUGAUAAACUUUUUUUUUUUACAUUUUUUUUUCUUUUACACCGACCUGGUUAUUACUAGUUUGUAGUUUAUAAUUUAUUGAAUCCUUAGCAUACGGCACCGUAAGUUACAACCAGGGAAAAUGACUGAUCCAUGCCUGGUUACAAAAUCUUAGAUGAUAAAGGAAUUUAUAUUUUAUGGUUUUAUCGUAUCUAAGUAAAUAGUUUUCUUAAGCGUGUUGUUGAAAACAUGACACACAUUUUUAUAUACUGUCUUAUACAAAUGUUAAGCAUCUAUCGAUAUUACCGAUGUGUUGUACCCCUUGAUUAUGGCAUGU